CCUGACCCCCGACCUCUGACCUCUGACCCCCCCGACGGAGCCCGUCCGCACCGGCCCUGUCCCCUCAAGGGUUGUUCAUCUGGACGGUAAAGGAUUUCAUCACCCCUGGCUGCGUGUGAAAUACCGUUUUCGCUCGCGCUGAAAAGAGAGUUCUGAAACUGCCCGUUAAGCUCCGACUGGAAGUUGUGUGAGCACGUCCUUCGUGGAGGCUGCACAGAUAGAUGUUUUCAUGAAGAGAGGCGAAAAACCCGAAGGGUAUAGACAGAUGAGGCCUAAAACCUUCCCUGCCAGUAACUAUACUGGCAGCAGCCGGCAAAUGUUGCAGGAAAUCCGAGAGUCUCUUCGGAAUUUGCCGAAACCAUCAGAUGCCGCGAAGGUUGAUCCCGUGAGUAAGGCGCCAGCGGAAGAUCCGAGGCAAGGCCGCAAUCCCCCCAAAUUUGUAACGUAUCAUAAAGCUUUGCAGGAAAUUCGGAAUUCCCUGCUGCCGUUUGCAAAUGAGACAAGUUCUUCGGCCAGAGGGACUUCAGAAGUGAAUCGGCAGAUGCUGCAAGACCUGCAGGCCGCUGGGUUUGAUGAGGAAAUGGUCAUUCGAGCCCUGCGACAAACGAACAGUAGAAGCAUAGAAGCGGCGAUUGAAUUUAUUAGUAAAAUGAGCUACCAAGAUCCUCGGCGGGAGCAGAUGGCAGCAGCAGCCGCUAGACCUGUUAAUGCGGGCCCGAAACCACCAGGGGGCGCCCAGCAGUCGGUGAACCGCAGACAGAGCUGGAAAGGCUCUAAAGAAUCCUUGGUUCCUCCGAGACACGGGCCCCAGCUGGGAGAAAGUGCCGUUUACCGCUCGGAAAGUCCCAACCCUCAAACGGAGGCCGGCAGGCCCCUGUCGGGAUCGGGUUUAACGGCGUUUGCCCAGGGCCAUCCCUGCAACGGACAGAGGGUGAACCCCCCGCCUCCUCCCCAAGUAAGGAGCGUCACUCCUCCCCCGCCUCCCCCGAGGGGCACCACUCCACCCCCACCCUCCUGGGAAGCCAACUCUCAAACCAAGCGGUAUUCGGGAAGCAUGGAAUACAUGAUCUCCCGCAUCUCUCCAGUUCCGCCCGGAGCGUGGCAGGACGGCUACCCGCCCCCACCCGCGAACCCUUCCCCGCUGAAUCCCCCCCCUCCUCCCCCUCUUCCCGCUCAGGGACAGAGGGGCAUCAGCUCCGUCCCCGUGGGGAGGCAGCCGAUUAUCAUGCCCACCUCUAGCAGCAAGUUUAACUUCCCGCCCGGAAGGCCCGGAGUUCCGAACGGCAGCGGUCAGGCCGAUUAUCUGAUUCACCAAAACGUGGUCCCCGGCGGCUCCGCGAGCCGGCAGCCGCCGCCGCCCCCCUACCCCCUCCCCCCGGCUGGCGGGCAGAGCCCGGCCUUGCAGAUGCAGACCGGGGCACCUGCCGCUCCUUCGCCCUACGCUAACGGAACCGUUCCUCCGUCCCUGAUGGUGCCAAACAGAAACAGUCACAACGUGGAGCUUUACAAUAUAAAUGUACCCGGACUACCACCGUCUUGGCCUCAGUCGUCGUCCGCCCCGCCCCCGUCGUCCCCCGGGAACGGGCACGAGAUUCCCACGUGGCAACCCAACGUUCCUGUGAGAUCGAAUUCUUUUAACAACCCACUGGGCAGUCGGGCAACAAGUCACCCCACUAACUCCCAGCCUUCGGCCACGACGGUCACCGCCAUUACCCCGGCUCCUAUCCAGCAGCCGGUGAAAAGCAUGCGCGUGUUAAAGCCAGAGCUGCAGACCGCCUUAGCGCCCACCCAUCCUUCCUGGAUGCCGCAGCCGAUGCAAGCUGUCCAGGUUAUCCCUUUUCCCGAAGGUCCGGCAACCAACGUGUCCGUAAUGUCGCCGGUUGCGGAGGCCCCAAAUUACCAAGGACCUCCGCCACCUUAUCCCAAACACCUGCUCCUCCAGAGCCCACCCGUCCCGCCGUACGAGCCGUUACCGAAGGGCAAAGAGGAUCAGCCCUGCGUACCGAAAGACGAGGAGGGGGAAAAGAAUCACGAACACUUCGACGGCGGGGAUAAAGAAAAGAAGCAGAUUACAACUUCACCGGUUCCCGUCCGGAAAAAUAAGAGAGAUGAAGAGAGAAGGGAGUCCCGGAUCCAGAGUUACUCUCCUCAGGCUUUUAAAUUCUUCAUGGAGCAGCAUGUGGAAAACAUCCUGAAAUCUCAUCACCAGCGCCUGCACCGUAAGAAGCAGCUAGAGAAUGAGAUGAUGCGGGUGGGGUUGUCCCAGGAUGCCCAGGAUCAAAUGAGAAAAAUGUUGUGUCAGAAGGAGUCGAACUACAUCCGGCUUAAGAGGGCAAAGAUGGACAAGUCGAUGUUUAAGAAGAUUAAGACCCUCGGAAUCGGAGCAUUUGGGGAAGUUUGCCUGGCACGAAAAGUGGAUACCGACGCCCUGUACGCCACAAAGACUCUGCGCAAGAAAGACGUGCUCCUUCGAAACCAAGUUGCUCACGUUAAGGCCGAGCGGGAUAUUCUCGCGGAGGCUGACAACGAGUGGGUGGUCCGCCUGUACUACUCGUUCCAGGAUAAGGACAACUUGUACUUUGUGAUGGACUACAUUCCAGGGGGUGAUAUGAUGAGCCUCUUAAUUAGAAUGGGCGUCUUUCCGGAAAAGCUUGCCCGGUUUUACAUAGCGGAGCUAACCUGUGCGGUUGAAAGCGUCCAUAAAAUGGGUUUCAUUCAUCGAGACAUUAAGCCCGACAACAUUCUGAUUGACCGCGAUGGCCACAUUAAAUUGACGGAUUUUGGCCUUUGCACGGGCUUUCGGUGGACCCACGAUUCUAAAUACUAUCAGAGCGGUGACCAUCCCCGCCAAGACAGCAUGGACUUCAGUAAUGAAUGGGGUGACCCAGCAAACUGCCGAUGUGGAGACCGACUGAAACCUCUAGAGCGGAGAGCGGCUCGCCAACAUCAGCGCUGUCUAGCCCACUCACUGGUGGGGACCCCAAACUAUAUUGCCCCCGAAGUGUUGUUGCGAACAGGUUAUACGCAGUUGUGUGACUGGUGGAGCGUUGGUGUGAUUCUCUUUGAAAUGCUGGUGGGACAGCCUCCUUUUCUAGCACAGACACCGUUAGAAACACAAAUGAAGGUUAUUAACUGGCAAAAAGCCCUUCACAUCCCACCGCAAGCUAAAUUGACUCCAGAGGCUUCUGACCUUAUCGUCAAACUCUGUCGAGGCCCGGAAGACCGCUUAGGCAAGAAUGGCGUGGAUGAAAUCAAGGCUCAUCCGUUUUUUAAAGUCAUCGACUUCUCCAGCGAUCUUCGACAGCAGUCGGCUUCGUACAUCCCCAGAAUCACACACCCGACGGAUACCUCCAACUUCGACCCGGUGGACCCGGAGAAGUUGAGGAGCGACACGGAUGAGGAAGGGAACGUGAACGACACCCUCAAUGGCUGGUACAGAAACGGAAAGCAUCCGGAACACGCCUUCUACGAGUUUACGUUUCGAAGGUUUUUCGACGACAACGGCUACCCCUACAAUUACCCCAAGCCGAUUGAGUACGAGUACAGCAGUUCGCAAAACUCAGAGCAGCAGUCAGAUGAAGAUGGUGAGCCCACAGGUACAGGGGUGCAAAAGAUUCGUGACCUAGUGUAUGUUUAGCGCACCGGAAGAUAAUUAACCCCUGUUCUACAGUAGAGACUUCUCCGAGUGCCCUCAUUCGUAAGAGAUUCGACCGAGUUCCCAGAGUAAAUUUACGCAAACGGAAAAGUUUUCCUGUGUUUAUGCUCUGUUUAUUUAGUCGCCUCCCCCCCCCCCCGUAUAAGGAAGUCCUUUGCAAAAUUUAAUUUAUUCCAACGUUGUUAAUCAAUUUAGAGGAAAAGAAGUGUUAUAGGGAAGCUUUACGAACUGAAUCCUAUCAUCGGUUCUUGGUACUGAAAGUACUUAAAAUAAGAAAAUAGUGAUAUCUUUUCAAGGCGCUGCCUGGUAUCUAUUUGUACAUAUGCGAAGUAAUUUAAAAAAAAAAUGGAAUUUUGAAAGACAGUCUUACCUUGCUUUAACCAAAUACGGAACUCUUCCCACCCCUAUCCGCCGAACUUUUCUUCAGGGCGUUUUUGGUACCUGCCCGGGGCUCAUUAUAAAUCGGACACGAGGCCCAGAGCUCGCGUCUGUGCCACAUCUGAUAGCGAACUAGACCGUUCCCAUCCCGAAUCCGGGAAAUGUGGGGCUGCAGCAAGAUUCGUGGACACCCAGGUCUGCCGCAGUGCGUAUUUUGCGAUAUGCAGUCUGGCUAGAUCCUGAUUAGAGGAUUAGGGAAUUUUCUUCCGGCGUUCCAAGCCUGUUGAGGCUCGCUGAGCUAAAUUCUAGAGGAAACUGCCCCUGGGGGGGCUUGACGACUGCAGCACGUGGCUGAAAGCUACAGUGUGAGUUUUUAUUACCGUGCGGGUUCCCGAGAAAGCAAUUGUCACGCCCCCCAAUCCCCACCUUCCUCCCCCGGCUCUAAGAGAACUGGGUGUACUUAUCACGAUGUGAGUUUGUUUAUAACAUUUCAGUUUUUCCCCAAAACAUUCUGCUGAAUGAUGAAAUAAUUUCCAACCGAUUUGAAAGUAGAACUUGCCUUCAGGAGCGGGUACCUUCCCGCUUAUCUCCUUGGACGGAUUUUACCUUUUAAAGCUGCUUCUGAUUUUAAGUAGAACCCAAACUCCCUGUGGGGGGGGCGGAGAACAAAACAAAACUUUCAGCGUUCCACCUCCGUUUGUGCCGGAACGAAGGUCUCUAAACUUUAGUGAAAGUUCCUUUAUAAACAUGUUAUGAGACAGUUUCACUUCUUCCUCAGCCCUGAGUAAAAAUGAGUUUAUGAUCAAGUCACUGCGAUAUUUUCAUUCAAAUUUCCCUGGAGGGGGUCUAUUUUGCACCCGAGAAUCCAGUUUGUUUUAUGCGUUCAUGGUAUUUCCGGAGCCGUGUCUCAAGUUUCCUUUGCUGUACUUAACCUCUUUUCCAACAAUGCUGCAUCAGUGAUAUUUAUAUGCAAAGAAAAAAAAAAAUAUCCGGAUCCCCAUUAUCCGUUUGAAAGGGCUAUUUGUCCGUGGUGAAAGAAUAGGAACUUUUUUUUGAAGCUGUUUUGUUAACCUUAAAAAGUAUAGGAACUGACUUUGAACUCAGUGCAGGGGAUAGACAACGUCUACACCCCGCUGAUUUAAGUAAUACGUGACUUGAAAUACGUCGGUUAAUAGCUCAACAUCUCUAUCGUCCAUAAUGUGUAGAAUUCAAGAAAGUUUGAAUGUAGUCCAUCCUACGUUUAGCUUAUCAGGGAAAGAAAUAUUUUAUUAAUAUUGUAAACAGCCCUAGUAAAGAUAGCAAUACAGAUACCCCUCUUCUAUAGUUCAGAAAAAUGAAAUUGAGCCAGAAUCUAACAUUCGUGACCAACAGUUCAAAAUUCGAGGGCCGAGUUUAUAAUAUGAUUGUUGCUUGUUGUAUUUAUUUGUUCCACCGUGACUCUCUUGUUCUUUUUUACCGUUUCUGGUGGAUUGUGAUAGAACGAGUUGGAUCAACAUGGGCCCUACUAUCCUUGCUUGCCUCACCUAAUCAGAGAAAAAGGAAUUUUAAUAGGCUAGCAUGGUUCGAGUCAUGGAGGGUUCAGCUGUCAGUCCGUCGGUGGUGUUUCUUGAGCAUCCGCCGUGUGCAGAACACCGAACUCAGUGCUUGGAAGAGCACACUAAGAUAAAGCGGCUGUCCCUGCCCGAAGGAGUUUACGGUUUAGAGAGAUUCCCAGAAAAUCCUAUGCAAAAAAAGGCUAGCUACUUCAGGAAUUGCCCAGUUUUAAAACUCGUGUUUAAGGAAAUAGCUCUAACUUUUGGAGGGUUCCCCAAUCCAUUUUGAAACUCUUCUGCCUCCGAAUCGUCGGCGCGUGGCAGUGCGCCGCCAGACUCGUUGGCCGCAAGAACGGAGUAUUUGAAAUCAUCAUCAAUCGUAUUUAUUGAGCGCUUACUAUGUGCAGAGCACUGUACUAAGCGCUUGGGAAAUGCCACCGUUGUCCAACUUCGGCACCCUGUGUGCGACCGUUAUCUUCUAGACAUUCCAUCUGAUAUCCGGGGGAGUUCCCGUGUGGAUUUAGUAGCAAUAUUGGGCUUUCAGGGAUGUCGUCCUCAACUGUCCCACUCCACAGUCUUACGUCCCAUUCAUUACAAGCACAAGGACUGCUCCGUCACAGUACGAGAAAAAUAAUUCUUAUACGCAGCAACCCCAAGCUAUCCUUUCAGUUGUAGCUUCCCCGUUGGCUCUUUAAAGUGACUCUGUCCGUUUGUGAAAUACCUGAAAUGGUCUGUCUUUCGUUACCGUCCCCCACGAAUGCAUAUAAAUUGUAUUUAUAAAAUGUGUCCUAUAAUCGUGUCACUGUAAAUACCGUUCUUAUGUAUUGUCCAAUGAUGUGCUAUCCUAGGGCAGGCCCUCUUGCUGUACCUUUUCUACCUUCUUGUUUGCAAUAGAAAUUAUAGAAUGUAUGACUAGAAAGUCACUUUGAGACUUUAAAAUUGAUCUGCUGUUGCAAAGUGCAAAGCUGUCGGGGGGGGGAUGAUUCGUUUUGACUUCAUUAGUGAUGUUUCGCUAUUAGGGAAUGCAGUGGGUGGGUUCAUAGAUGAUGCUGCUGCUCCUCCCCACGGUCCCGUAAGAUGCUUUUCUUUUCUCUUUUUGAAAAAGUGUCUUUGGUAUAUUUAAGGAGUCACGUCGUUUAUUUGCUUUCAUUCAUCCAAAGCAAAGAGUAAUUUGGAUCAACGAUAUUUGUGAAGCGCCUUUAAAAUGCUCCUGCGUGGAAGGCACUGUACAAGUUUACUUUUAUAUUGUAUUAUGUGUGUGUGUGUGUGUGUGUGUGUAUGUAUUUUGUAUUAUAAUUGUUUUCCUGACCCUACAAUUUUUAUAAACUGCACUUUCUGUUGAAAGAACGGCAGCCUUAGUGGACAUAUCAGAAUUCUUUACAUAUUUCUGAACGUCAUAAUUACCAGUAAUCGGUGACCUUCGUGUGUUUUAUGGAUCGGUUUCUACUUUCUCAAUCAGUUCCUCUAGUGUAACGUCUGGGAUAAUAAAAAGCAAAGUACAAAUCUCUCUUUUUAGCGUAUGUGAAAAGCUACUUCUUAUGCUGCUAAGAAAAUAUCAUUUGGAGCUAUAAUUUGAUUAAAAGUAUUGAUUACACGCC